AUGAUUAGAGGAUGUCCUAUGGGAAGUCCUUUAAGUCCCUUUUUAGCAGACUUAGUACUACAAGAUUUAGAGAACAUAAGCAAUGAAACAAAACAGCUAGUGCCAUGCAAACUCGAAAUUCCAACGGGCGAUGGACCCAAUCAAAAAAUUGAUAUUUUUGGAUGUGACCUUCCAAAUGAUGCACCAUGGCUUAUUUAUAUUCAUGGAGGCUAUUGGCAAGAGUUAUCCAGGGAUUUGUCAAGCUACCCAGUUCAACCCUUGGUUAGUGCAGGAAUACGCACUGUAAUCGCUGGUUAUGAUCUAUGUCCAAAUAUUUCGCUCUCACUUAUUGUUUCACAGAUAAAAGAAACAGCUUUAUUUUGCCUUGAAAAUGCUUAUUCUAUGGGUUCCAGAUCAGUAACAUUUUGCGGACAUUCUGCAGGUGCACACUUAGCUUCAAUCAUACUGGAAAAGGACUUUCUGCUCAAUUUACCAGAACAUUUACAAUCUAUUGUUACAGGCUUUUGCCUAAUAUCUGGUAUUUUUGAUAUUUCACCACUGAUACACACAAGCGAAAAUAUAAAUUUAUCUUUAUCAGAAGGUGAAACUAAAGCCUUAAGUCCAAUUUAUAGCAGUUACAUGGAACCUAUGUACUCCAAAAUCAAAAUUAUUAUUGCUGUAGGCCAGUAUGACAGUCCAGCAUUUAUUUUGCAAUCUAAAGAAUAUUAUCAAAUUUUAAAUUCUAUAUUUUCUAAUACACAAUUUGUGCUUAUCAACGAUCACGAUCAUUUCAACGUUGUUGAAGAUUUAUAUAGAAGUGAUUAUAUUUUAACAAAGAUG